AUGGCUGAAGAAAAAGCGGUGUCGCUGCCGAGCGAACCAAGCUCAGCGAGCGCUAAAGAAUCGCCGCCUCUCGGCGACACUGAUAUGAAACCUCUUAUAAAGAUGGAGACCGACGGCCAGAAUUCUCCGGAUCGGCAUCUGGACUUAGAAGCGAAGUGUCCGAUUUGUCUCGGCGUCCCUAACGAUCCAUCGGUUCCCGGCGGGUGUGGUAACGCUCUUGGGCACCGCUGUUGCUACAGUUGCCUUCGCAGAUGGUUCAAGACCAACCCGACCUGCCCUGUGUGCGGCAUCAAGUCCACUUUCAUCAAGCAUCAGCUAGAUUCGGGUGGAGUGAUCGAAACGAUUGAAUCACUCCAGGCACAAUUUUUCUCCGAACAGAUGGCGCUAGAAUCGAAGAAUGUCCCGCUCGACAGUGAAAAAUUUGCUUUGCGAAAAUACUACAAUAAUCUCCUCGGGCGCCUCGAAAGUCACGAUGAACGGGUCGCCAAAAAUCAAAUGUCACGUUUUUCGGACAGAGCCCUCAAUGCCAUGCGAAAACGGUUGAUUGACGCGAUUUCCAAAGUCAGUUUGUUGCAACAAGCAUGUCAGGACGGCACCAUGACGCGAGCGGACCUGAGCGCCGAUCCUUAUUUUCGUUCAAUGGUUUACGAUCUUCGGCUUGAGCGGCACGAAUUGGCUCCUAACCGGCUGCGGAGAAACUACAAUCCGGAGGUCUUUAAAAGGAAUGGCGAGCCUCAGCGACUGCUAGAAUGGUUGCGGCAUGAAUUACCAGUGGCUCUCAAUCAGCUCGACGGAUCGAUCAGGGAUAUCGAUGCUAAAAUCGAGGCUCUACUAAUGGCUGUCGGCCGUGGACAUAUCAACGCUCCUAGCUUUGAGCAAGCUUGCAAGCGGGUGGAGAUCCCUCAAGACGCGAUACCGCCAUUUUGUCAUGAGUUCUUUGAAUUCGCAUCGUCUCACCUCUCCGCACAGCUGUGGUUUGAGAACGGCGUCUAUCGCCAUCGUGAAGAUACUACCGUGCAACCAUUGGCACAAGAACAGCGAGAACGCGCAUUUGAAGUAAUUGACUUGGAUGACCUUAGCGAUGUGGAGCUACAUGCUGCCAGAGAGCCAGAUGCCGAUAUUGAAAUUAUCAAUGUAGCCCCUGCGCGUACCCCGCCCAACCGCAGCGAUCGACCGCGUAAGCGGCGCUCGCGAAAGGGUUACCGUCGAAGUGACUCAUCGGAUGCGACGUUCGAUGGUGGCGUACCGGCUCAUCUGAUUGAACCUUACUUGAACCCGCGCCAGUAUAAUGUUUCGCGGCCGCCAAAGCCGGUGUUCAACAGUCUCGAAGACUUUUUGCAGUCGAAUCGAACCACCCAUGUGGGACGCUAUGAACACCGGUCUCCCGAAGUUCUUACCAUAGAAGAUGAGGCCGACGAACCGGGCCCCAGCCAUGGGGUUACGUGGAGAAACGACUUUGAUGGCUUGAGGAAUCCGUCGAGUAGCUCGUUGUCGGCGAAUGAUGCCUCUCGUGAAGAAGAAAGCCGUUAUCCCUUGGGAGAUGAGCGACAGCGAAGGGAUUACGAAAAGAAACGGUUCACUGAGUCUCUCUUGGACGGGGAUUGUCUGAAGAUCACUGCAAACGAGUACAACGCCAUUCUAAGAGCGUAUAACGAAUUGGGCUCCACCGAAGAAUUCCGUGAACGAUUUAUUUCUGCGCUUCGUUCGUCCGAGGCUGCUAUUCGUUCCAUCUUGGAUGAUGUUUCAUCACGAGCUUCUCAAUGUUCUCAAGCCGCCUCACCCCGCCCUUCGACAUCGACUCAGCAACAUGCACCCCGGGGAGGAACGGAAACGGUCUCGUCAGCGUCGCAUCCCUCCAACAGUCGCUCCCAAGGGUCCCAGUCACCGGCAGCAUACCAUCGUCAAGCGGCCCCACCGCCUAGUGCUAAUGGUGUCGCCGAAGAUGGAUGGCCUAGAGCUCUGAUGGAGGACCAGGACGCCGGCCCACGCCGCUCGAAAAGGGGACGUCGUGAUUUGGACUCGGCUGACGACUACCUCUACGUCGACAUGCGCCCUACGGAAUCCACACAUCAUGAAGAUCUCGGCCGACGCCCUCGU